CAGCCGCCGCCGCCGCCACAGCCACCGCCUCCACCGCUGUCUCUGUCACCACAAAAGCAACGAAUCCAAAUCCUAAAACUGAUCGUGCAAAGCACCAUUUCUCCAAGUUGGGGGCUCAGAGGGGAGCCAUCAUGAGCGAUGUUACCAUUGUGAAGGAAGGUUGGGUUCAGAAGAGGGGAGAAUAUAUAAAAAAUUGGAGGCCAAGAUAUUUCCUUUUGAAGACAGAUGGAUCAUUCAUAGGCUACAAAGAGAAACCUCAAGAUGUGGACUUACCUUAUCCCCUCAACAACUUUUCAGUGGCAAAAUGCCAGUUAAUGAAAACAGAACGACCAAAGCCAAAUACAUUUAUUAUCAGAUGUCUUCAGUGGACCACUGUUAUAGAGAGAACAUUUCAUGUAGAUACACCAGAGGAAAGAGAAGAAUGGACAGAAGCUAUCCAGGCUGUAGCAGACCGACUGCAGAGGCAAGAAGAGGAGAGGAUGAAUUGUAGUCCAACUUCACAAAUUGACAAUAUAGGAGAGGAAGAGAUGGAUGCCUCUACAACCCACCAUAAAAGAAAGACAAUGAAUGAUUUUGACUAUUUGAAACUACUAGGUAAAGGCACUUUUGGGAAGGUUAUUUUGGUUCGAGAGAAGGCAAGUGGAAAAUACUAUGCUAUGAAGAUUCUGAAGAAAGAAGUCAUUAUUGCAAAGGAUGAAGUGGCACACACUCUUACUGAAAGCAGAGUUCUAAAGAACACCAGACACCCUUUUUUAACAUCCUUGAAAUAUUCCUUCCAGACAAAAGACCGUCUGUGUUUUGUGAUGGAAUAUGUUAAUGGGGGAGAGCUGUUUUUCCAUUUGUCGAGAGAGCGGGUGUUCUCUGAGGACCGCACACGUUUCUAUGGUGCAGAAAUUGUCUCUGCUUUGGACUAUCUACAUUCUGGAAAGAUUGUGUACCGUGAUCUCAAGUUAGAGAAUUUGAUGCUGGAUAAGGAUGGCCAUAUAAAAAUUACAGAUUUCGGACUUUGCAAAGAAGGGAUCACAGAUGCAGCGACCAUGAAGACAUUCUGUGGCACACCCGAGUAUCUGGCACCAGAGGUAUUAGAAGAUAAUGACUACGGCCGAGCAGUAGACUGGUGGGGCCUCGGUGUUGUUAUGUAUGAAAUGAUGUGUGGGAGGCUGCCUUUCUACAACCAAGAUCAUGAGAAACUCUUUGAACUAAUACUAAUGGAAGACAUUAAAUUCCCCCGAACACUCUCUUCAGAUGCAAAAUCAUUGCUUUCGGGGCUCUUGAUAAAGGAUCCAAAUAAACGCCUUGGUGGAGGGCCAGAUGAUGCAAAAGAGAUCAUGAGGCAUAGUUUCUUUUCUGGAAUAAACUGGCAAGAUGUGUAUGACAAAAAGCUUGUACCUCCUUUUAAGCCUCAAGUAACGUCUGAGACAGACACAAGAUACUUUGAUGAGGAGUUUACAGCUCAGACCAUUACAAUAACACCACCUGAAAAAUAUGAUGAAGAUGGCAUGGACUGCAUGGACAACGAGCGGCGGCCACAUUUCCCGCAGUUUUCCUACUCCGCAAGUGGACGAGAAUAAGUCUCUGUCAUUAUGUUUCUACACUGUCAUCUUAGAUUUUGCCACUGAGAAUGAUUCCUGGACAUCUCCACCAGUCCUCGCUCUUACAGUCAGCAGGGGCACCUUCUGACAUCCCUGACCAGCCAAGGGUCUUCACCUCUCACCACCUCUCACCCACAUGAAAACAUAUACACAGACACUCCAGUUUUUGUUUUUGCAUGAAAUUGUAUCUCAGUCUAAGGUCUCAUGCUGUUGCUGCUACUGUCUUAUUAUAGCAACUUCCAGAAGUAAUUUUACAAUCUUUGGGAGCCAUGAGCCCAUCGUUUGUUUGUGCAUCAAGUGUCAUCUUUCAGUUUUUGUUUUUCCCUAGC